CUCAAGAAGCGCCUCACGCAGAGCUUCGACCAGGAGCGGUUCAAGAUCUUGCCGCUGCAUUCGCAGGUGUCCGCUGCCGAGCAGCAGGAGAUCUUCGAGCCAGCAAAGCUGGGUACACGCAAGAUCGUGCUCACAACGAACAUCGCGGAGGCCUCUAUUACUGUGGAGGGCACCGAGUUCGUUAUAGACUCGGGACGUGCAAAGGAAGUGAGCUACGACCCCUACCUGAAGGUGGGCACGCUGACCACCUCGUGGAUCUCGCAGGCCUCGGCGAAGCAGCGCGCGGGGCGGGCGGGGACCCAGGGCGGCCUGUGCUUCCACCUCUUCUGCCGGGAGCGGUUCGACAAGAUCGACGAGUUCCUGGCCCCGGAGCUGCUGCGGAGCCCGCUGGAGGACUCCGCCCUGACGGCGAAGCUCAUGCUGAUGCAGAUGGGCUCGAAGGAGAAGGUGUCGUCCUUCCUGGCGAAGGCGCCGAGCCCCCCCGAGAAGAUCGCCAUCGACAACUCCAUCCAGCUGCUGGUGGAGCUGGGCGCCUUCACGGGGGCCGAGCAGCUGACGGCGCUGGGCGAGCACCUCACCAGGGUUCGCAUGUGGCCCCCUACCAUCCCCCCGCGGCUCGCGAAGACGGUGCUCUGGUCCAUCCUGCUCGGCUGCCUCGACGACGCCCUGUGCGUGGUCAGCGCCGCGGGCGGCUUCGUGCGCGACCCCUUCCGCACGGUGGGCAUGUCCCACGACGACGCGCGGGAGCUGAAGCGGAAGCUGGCCGCCCCGCACAACUCAGACCACGCGUGCCUCCUCAAGGCGGUGACUGGCUACCAGGACGCCAGCAACCAGCAGGGCUUCUGCGACCAGUGGAAGCUCGCGAUCCAGACCAUGCGGCAGAUCCGCGACCAGCAGGCCAAGCUCUACACCGAGCUGCACGAGAACAAGUCGGAGACCUUCGCGAACCGCAACCGGGGCAACUUCCGGCUGCUGGUGGCCGUGCUGUGCGCGGGCAUCUUCCCGAACAUCGCUCGGCGGCGCGGCACCUCGGACUUCUACGAGGCGCAGGAGGGCAAGGUCGAGUGCAAGCCGCACGGGUCCUCGGCCUACCAGCCGGAGGAGCCCGACGAGUGGGUGUUCUUCCAGGAGACCCCUGUCGCAGAUGGAGAGCAUGUUCAAACUGAAGCUCGUCACGCCCGUGCCCUCCCUGGCGCUCCUGCUGCUUGGAGGUGA